GUUGUCAAUAAAACUGUACUCGAUUUACUUUUUUCAUCUUCAAACAACACAUCUGCUGCGCGCAAGCAUCUUGGGAAGUGAUGUUUUAUAGAAUCCCGCCUUCUGAUUGGUCUAAACUAAAACGACGAACUUUGACUCAACACGUGGUUUAAAAACUUGCAGGCUGGCCCGCGGAAAUCUGUCAGAGAUCUUUCAAGCUGCGCGCACUUUGUAGACGUUUUUAACUUGACUUAGUGUAGUAGCUAAUAUUUGUCUUUUUCUUAUAAUUGUGUCUUCUACAAACGUGCACUAUAACGUUAGUUAAAACAGCAGUCAGUAUGAGUAUAUUGGAGGUGAGGUUUGUGGGCGACGGAGAUGCACUGGAACACAUAGUGGACAAACGAGAAGAUGUGCAGUGCAGCAGUAUGCAGAGGUUGGUGACUCUGAGGAGUGAAGUGGAGAGGAGCGGUAGAGAGGAGGAGGCAGACCUUAGUGAGCUGAACUAUGUCCAGGCCCUCGGAACAGACGAGGGGGAGGAGUGUGCAGCAGCAGGAGGAGGGGCAUCAGUGUUCCCCUUUCAGACGGUCAAACGCACCAACAGGAUGGCCCAGAUGG